UAGGCCUUGAAGCUCAGCAGAUCCUUUCAGAGAAAUAUUUGAAAUAAAGGCCAACAGAUAGGGGACGCCGGCAAAAUCAGUUGGAGAGGUUGAGGGGCCAAUAACCUCUGGCUGCGGAAUCACUGCAAUCUGGCCUGUGUUUGCUGAUGAUAAUGCGCCUUUCCAAAGCCCUGAUAGACAUGGAGAUGGCAGAUUAUAGUGCGGCUUUAGACCCGGCAUACACGACUCUGGAGUUUGAGAACAUGCAAGUCUUGGCAAUAGGCAACGACACCUCCCCUUCUGAAGCAGCAAACCUCAAUGCGUCCAACAGCAUCGGGGCCAGUGCGUUGUGUGCCAUUUGCGGAGAUCGUGCAACGGGGAAACACUAUGGGGCCUCCAGCUGUGACGGCUGUAAAGGGUUUUUCAGGAGAAGCGUCAGAAAGAAUCACAUGUAUUCUUGCAGGUUUAACAGGCAGUGUGUUGUAGACAAGGACAAAAGAAACCAAUGUCGAUACUGCAGGCUAAAGAAAUGUUUUCGAGCAGGAAUGAAGAAAGAAGCUGUACAGAACGAACGCGACCGAAUCAGUACUCGGCGAUCCAGCUACGAAGACAGCAGCUUGCCGUCCAUUAACGUUUUACUGCAAGCAGAAGUUCUCUCACAACAGAUAUCAUCGUCACCAAUUUCAGUGAUCAAUGGUGAUAUCAGAGGGAAGAAGAUCGCGAAUAUUGCAGACGUCUGCGAGUCCAUGAAGCAGCAGUUGCUAGUGCUAGUGGAAUGGGCCAAGUACAUCCCGGCCUUCUGUGAGCUUCCUCUGGAUGAUCAGGUGGCUUUGCUACGGGCCCAUGCAGGGGAGCACCUGCUACUGGGAGCCGCCAAGAGGUCGAUGGUGUUCAAAGACAUCCUACUCCUAGGAAAUGACCACAUAAUCCCCCGUAAUUGUCCGGAGUUGCUGGAGAUCAGCCGUGUGGCUGUACGCAUCCUGGAUGAGCUAGUGUUCACGUUCCAAGAGCUGCAGAUUGACGAAAACGAAUACGCAUGUUUGAAAGCCAUCAUCUUCUUUGAUCCAGAUGCUAAAGGGCUGAGCGACCCCAUCAAGAUCAAGCGAAUGCGGUACCAAGUUCAAGUCAGCCUGGAGGACUACAUCAAUGACCGGCAGUAUGAUUCACGGGGACGCUUUGGGGAACUCCUCCUCCUCCUGCCCACCCUCCAGAGCAUCACUUGGCAGAUGAUUGAGCAGAUCCAGUUCGUCAAGCUCUUUGGCAUGGCCAAGAUCGACAACCUUCUGCAGGAGAUGCUGCUAGGAGGGUCAUCGAGUGACACUCCUCACGCUCAUCACCAUGCUCUUCACCCGCACCUGAUCCAGGAGAACCUGGGGACAAACGUGAUUGUGGCCAACACAAUGCCUGCUCAGAUGCACAACGGGCAGCUGUCCACUCCCGAAACUCCCCAGCCUUCCCCACCUGCUGGCUCAGGAGCUGAACAAUACAAACUGCUUCCUGGGGCCGUUGCAACUGUGGCCAAGCAGCCUAGUUCAAUCCCUCAACCUGCCAUCACGAAGCAAGAGGUCAUCUAGCAUCCAACCAAAUGAAUGUAUCAGAUGCCACAAAGACCAUGAUGAGGGAGACAAACCCUUUCUCAUUCUCAUUUUCAUCACUCUGGAGGUUGAAUAUUCACAGAGGCAUCCCAGGGCACAAACGCAUCAAAUUGUUAUUUGGAAAUUGGAUGGGGAGAAAGCCAUCUUCCCAAAGCUUCAUGUGGCUAUGGAGAACAGCUGCACUCGAGCGUUGCAGAACGAAUGAACUAGCCUUGGUGGAAGUCUUUAUCCUAUAGAGCCAUAUCCCAAAUUUCAGAUCCGUAGGUGACUAUUUCAAAAAUUGCACUGACAUGCUUGUUUCAUCACUGCCACUGAGUUACACAAUGUUAUUGUGUUUAUUUCACUUCAAAUCUUAACUUUUUUUAUUUAAGAAAAGGCAUCCAAAUGAAAGGGAGGGGUGAACACUUUCACUGCAAGAUCUCUAAAUAGCUACAAGCCCUCUCGUGACAAUCCCAAGCAGGCAUGGUGGUCCACACUAAGGAAGAGGCAGAAAGUUUGACCCGGAUGUUGCAGAAGUACAGCCUCUUUAUUGCCUUCUCCACAGUUCCACUGCCUUGGGGCAGUAGCAGAAGCAGGAGCCAGGACUAUAUGCUUCCAGUGAUCUUCAGAAAUAAACAAAAUUCAGUGGCCAAAGUAGUUGGUGGUGCUUUUUCCACUUGGUGACUGGUGAUUUCUAUGAGGAAGUAGCAGCUUGUUUGAACAAAGCAUUGGCUUGCUGGGUCAGACCAAGAUCCAUCCAGUCCAGCGUUCUCUCCUUCAAACAGCAGUCACCCAGAUGCCUCUUGGACUCACAAGUGACGCAUGAAAGUGGAUGGUCUUCUCUUGGCUAUGCUCUUCUUUUCCUCACUUGCUACUCAUGCGCAUUGUCUCUGCACAUGGAGGUCCCAUUGAAAAAGUAGUCCUCCUUGAAUUUGUCUAGUCCUUGUUGAGACUGUAAGAUUUGCCUUCUUGCUGCAACAGAGCCAAGGGUCCCUUUAUUUGAGGGGAUUCCUGUAUGUGGAAGUGCUACACAAAUGUCGAUUUCAAUGUCA